AUGUACCGAAUUCAGUACAAUUGUACCGAAACGGCCGUCCUCAAAUUUGGCCGCCUGGAGAAACUGCUCCUCUGCUCCACCCUACAGGACGGCCCCCCUCCUACCCAGUACAUCGCACUAUUGAACAACCCCGAGAAAAAGAAAGAGAUCAGUUCUAAGAUCGAAAACGAACUAGAAAUGGUAGAGGUACCUGUACGGGAAGAAGAUGUCGAAAAGACAUGGAAUGAUUUAAAAACUAGAAUAACAAAUAUCCAGGAAAAAGAUAUUGGAUUCACGGCAACCAACAAAAAGCAGGAAUGGAUAACACAGGAAAUACUAGACCUCAUGGAUGACAGACGGAAGCAGAAGGCAAACCCGAUAGAAUACAAACGUUUAAAUGGGAUCAUUAGGAAAAAGUGCCGGGAAGAGAAAGAGAUCUGGAUGUCAACAAAAUGUCAAGAAAUAGAGCAACUACAAGCAAAGUAUGACACCUUCAAUGUUCAUAAAAAAGUGAAAGAAUUUACACACAGACACAGAAAACACCAAGAAACAAUCCUAAGAAACGAUAACAACGAGAUAAUUUUAGGAGUAAAGGCUAAGCUUGUGAGAUGGAAAGAAUAUAUCGAAACACUUUUUAAUGAUGACAGACCCUGUUCCCCACCACCGAUAGAUCACAUACUGAAUGAAAAGGCUCCAGCAAUAACCAAAGACGAAGUUGUUCAUGCCAUAAAAGCGCAGAAAAGCGGAAAAGCUACCGGUCCCGAUAAAAUAAACGUUGAAAUACUUAAACUCAUUGCAGAUAACGAAAGCAGAAGUCUAGAUUUGGUAACAGCAUUAUUUAACAAAUUAUAUAUCUCAAGCAAAAUACCGUCAGAUUGGCUUAAAUCAACAUUCGUAACCCUGCUAAAGAAACCCAACGCCUCACAAUGUGAUGACUAUCGGAUGAUAAGUCUUAUGUCCCAUGUCCUCAAAACCUUUCUUAGAAUCAUCCACACUCGAAUCUACAAGAAGUUCGAAAAUCAGAUGGACAACACCCAGUUUGGCUUCAGAAACGGACUUGGAACACGUGAAGCACUCUUCUCCCUAAAUGUAAUGACACAGAGGUGUAGAGACAUGAAUGUGAAUGUAUUUGCAUGCUUCAUAGACUAUCGUAAAGCGUUCGACUGUGUUAAUCAUCAGAAGAUGAUCAAAAUUCUAAGAACAACCGGAGUUGACGAACAAGACCUACGUUUCAUAUCAGAACUUUAUUGGCAUCAAACGGCGCGCGAUGAGAAUUAUAACGGGCACUACCACAAGCACUCCGAUCUAAUAGCUUCCCGUAUUAUCAAACAUAACUACCCCUCAUUUGAGAAGAUACGCGGCUCUAGUCAGAGAGUGGAAAAAGUGCACCAGCAAUGUUCAUCUUCCCAUCCAUGA